CCUGCUCCAGUAUACUAUAAACAAUGGUGAGGGUAUACUGCCUGUUUAUCCUUCUACCCGGAGCAUACUCCGUCUUUGUUCCGGAGGGUGGGCACCAUGUCUUCACCUGCUCUAGGAAGGAUUGGUUCUUCUGUAGAUGGGAGUAUAAUGGGUCAGUUUGUGAGACUGCUCCAGAUAUUGGAAGAGCUCCAAGCUGCGAUAAAAUUAGGGGAGCAAGCUGGCAGGUAGGUGGAGGAUGUGAUCUAAAGGUUGAAAAUAUAACCAAGGAGCUCCAAGGAAAAUGGAGGGCAACAAUCAUUAUCAAUGGAGACGGAGAGGAAAAAAUUGCUGAGCAUUGCGAGGAAGAAAUAUCCCUGUUUACUCCAGGAUCCGUAGCUAUAUCUAAACUUCCAUACAGUUUACCUGUAAACAAAGCCCAAGCAGUACAGUGCAGUACAAACAGUGUACAACCGGUGCCAAGCAUCUUUGCUACAGUGAAGGUUAACGAUAGCACAAGGUAUAUUGAUGAAGCUCUCAAUAACACUAGCACAAAUUUGGUCAAAAUAUUUCAAUUUAUUCCACAAAUACAAGAUGGAGGACACAUAGAAAUCUCAUGUAUUGUAAAACAAAGUAUUGAUGGCGCAGUUGUGUACACUGAUCUUGCAUCAGCUGUUUCAAAAGUCGUCUUCCCACCACAGCCUCAAACUGGGCUUGAGGUCGAAACAGUAUUAAACCGAACCCUACACAUGUCCCUACUUAUCAGUUGCUACCCGCUCCCUUCCCUUCAGGAAAUAUCUUGGCAUUUUGUAGGGGCCAACUCUUCAGAUUCUUUCCAGGUUCUAGUAGAUGAUCUGAGUAGGGAUUAUAUUAUCCUUGUAUCUCCUGUAUCUGACCGAACCGUCAAUAUUUCUCUCAUAAUCAGAUCUGUAACCAAAGAAGAUUUAGAUUUGUUUCAGUAUUUAAGGGUAGUUAAUAUAGCAGGAGAUCAAGAUUAUAGCAUUCUUCUAACACAGAAAAGUGUAUCGAACCUAGUACCUGGAGUAAAUACUGUUGGAUACGUCCUACUCGCAGUAUCUCUGAUAUCCAUCUUCCUUCUGGUAAUCCUGGCUGGGGUUCUUCUUAACGCUAAAGCAACGGGAAAAUGGUGUUUCAGCAAUUCAAUUCAGAUUGUCGAGAUUGCGGAAGAAAGAAUUCCUUUACAAGAUAAACCAGGAGAAGGGUUGGAUAGGAAUGGAAUACAGAAUGAGAAACUGGAGACAGUGGAGAAGGAGGAGAAUAUGGAGGAGAAGGAGAAACGAGGAAGACAGACAAAAAGAGAGACUUUACAUUCUAAGUCCCGGAGCCCUAGUCCUAUAGUCCGAUCCAGUAGACGGGGGUCAGGACGGAAAACUAGCUCCGCCCUCUCUCCUAUUCAGAAAGUUAGUGUAACGUCACGUGAAUCAACUUAUCCUGUUAUGUAAACAAUAAACAAGGUGCUGUACAGUGAUGGUACUGCAACUAGUUUAAUUAUGUUUAAACAAUACGCAAGAUGGUGUACAGUGAUGGUACUGGACUAGUUUAAUUAUGUUUAUCUUAUUGUUAAUUUGUCACUACUUACUAGUAUUAUAUGAUAUGUUUGUGAAUUUAAUGUGGAUAUAUUUGACGUACGAUGCACCUUUUAAGAACUCCAUUUAAUUUUUUUCUUUCUGAAUUUUUUUUUCCAGAAUAAAACAUAUCUUUAAAUCCCAGCUUUUCUCCUUCUCCAACAAAAUUUCUUUUGAUAUUAUGAUGCCGAACCAAAAAUGCAUAUUACAGGCAUUAAAUUCUACUUCAGAUUUUGAAAUUUAAAACAAGCAAAAUGAUACUAUUAAAUGUCGAAUCCAAUGUGUCGACUUUAUCAAAUGUCGACAGAAUUAUUAAACGUCGACUGUAUCAAGUCUCGACUGUAAUGGGUGCAGCUUGUCGUCACUUGUGGUACCGUGCAAUUAUUAUUCCUUUAUAAAAAGCUGUUUUUUUUUUGGUAUGCAACAAUUUGCAUUUAAUCCCGCCGGGAUAUUUUCAUUG